UUCCCAAAACCCCACCGCCUCAUCCCUCCUGAAGAUAGCUGAGUCACAUCUCCACGCGCGCUCAUUCAGGACGCUGUUAUUCGCGUGGUCUCGCGCUCCGACACAAUGCUGACGAUAACUCUGAAGACCCUCCAGCAGCAGACGUUUAAAGUGCAGAUAGACGAGGAACUUACGGUAAAGGCUCUUAAAGAGAAGAUAGAAGAAGAAAAGGGGAAAGAUGGUUUUCCAGCAGUCGGUCAAAAACUAAUCUAUGCAGGCAAAAUUUUGAAUGACGAUAUACCUCUGAAAGAUUACAAAAUAGAUGAGAAGAAUUUUGUUGUGGUGAUGGUUACAAAGCCGAAAUCUACAGCGUCGCCACAAACUCCCACUCCUGUACCAGUGUCCGAAGCCCUCACACAUCAACCCACGACUCCUGUUGAGCCUCCUAAUGCCUCCAUAGUGCCUGAAACGACCCCUGAUCCUGCUCCUGUAGAACCAGCGGCGUCAGUGGAGCCAAUUGACCCACCCGUCACAGCGCCCUCUGCUGCAUCGGAAGAUACUGUAGAAACAACUGAACCUGUUAGCGCUACUCCUGCUCCAGCAGUAGAAGAGGAGAUCCAGGGCCAAGAGGAGCAGGCCAUCGCUCAAUCAGAGGCCAGCCUUACAGAUGAAUUGAGUCUUUUAGAAGCAGCUGCGUCGAUACUAGUUACAGGUCAAGCAUAUGAGAAUUUGGUGACGGAAAUCAUGUCAAUGGGUUACGAGAGGGAACAGGUGAUCGCUGCUUUAAGAGCAAGUUUCAACAACCCGGACAGAGCCGUGGAGUACCUGCUUACAGGAAUUCCAGCCGAGUCAGAGCAGCCCCCGCAGGAAGUAGUUCGACCCACACCCGCGUCCAACCCAACUCCUCCAGCGCCACAGAGAGCUCAGCCUCCGCCUGCCGCCGCCGGUGCAGAGUCUGGUGGUGCGCAGGCAUCCGCAAACCCACUGGAAUUCCUGAGGCACCAGCCACAGUUCCAGCAGAUGCGGCAGAUCAUCCAGCAGAACCCAUCGCUCCUGCCUGCACUGCUGCAGCAGCUCGGCCGAGACAACCCACAACUCCUGCAGCAAAUCACGCAGCACCAGGAGCGGUUUGUGCAGAUGCUGAACGAGCCUGAAGCUGAAGCUCCCAGUGCACCACAGACCAACUACAUCCAGGUCACACCACAGGAGAAAGAGGCCAUUGAGAGGUUAAAAGCUCUGGGGUUUCCUGAGGGUCUCGUCAUUCAAGCGUACUUCGCCUGCGAGAAGAACGAGAACCUUGCGGCGAACUUCCUGCUUCAGCAGAACUUUGACGAUGAGUGAACGUUAUGACAGCGGAGAAAGUGAAACCGCUAGGCCACAUGUGUGUGUGUGUGUGUGUGUGUGAGAGUGAGUGUAAAUGUGAACGAGUAGGAAGUCGACUGGUCUUCCAUGAUGAUUGUCAUGGAGUUUAAACUGAAGCCAUGAUGUGACGUUAAAUCAGCACAGCUUUUAUUUUGAUAGAUAUAUAGCCGAUCCUCCACGACGAGGAGUCUGUUGUCUGUCUGGAUUCUGCUGCUAUUAAUGCGUUGUGAGUCGAUUGAGGUUUUAUUUAUCGCAGUUAAAACCCUGCCAAAAAAAAAAAAAACACUCAUUGUUCAUUUCAUGCUUUCUAAGAUGAUUUAGUUAAGGUAGAUGGCAAAUUUAGUUCGUCACCAAUGAAAAAUACUUUUUGAGGGAUACAUAUACAACUUUUCAGCAUAUGCUUUUUUUGUAAACCAUUUUUUGUUUUGCGGUUUUGUCCAUUGGAAUAAUUAUGCAUAAUUUUUUUUUUUUAUUGCAGUAUUAAUAAUAGUAUUUAUGAUACUUUUUACUCUAUUUAGUUGCCAUUUAGUGUUUUUGGCCUAUAAAACUGAGUUUCAUCAUUUUCAAAACCCGUUUUUGUUGGGUUUUCUGCUGUGGAGUAGGUAUUUUCUGUUUUGUUUAACUGAAGUUAUAGAAAUAGUUCACCCAAAAUAGAUAAUUCUGUCAUCAUUUACUUACACUCCAAACAUGUUUCAGUUUCUUUCUUAUAUUGAACACAAACAGUAUUUCAAAAAAUGUUGUAAACCAGUAGCCAUUGACUUCCAUAGUAUUUUUUUAUACUCUGGACAUCAAUGACUACCGGAUUUAACAACCAUUGUAUUCAACCAAAAAGCGAAACUUAAUUUUUAUAUUUUUUGGGUGAACUAUGCCUUUAAAUAUGGUGUCUACUCUUAGAAAAGUUAUGCCACGUUACAUAUUCUUAAAUUUUUUUGAGCAUACUGGUGCCUGCUGGGUAAAUCAGAACUUUUAUUCAGCUGAUGCCAACAAACUACACUAAUUUUUCAAUGUUAUACCAUUCAUAAUAGAGAUAAACCCAAUGUUGGCAUGUUGGUAUUUUUAAACCCAUGCUUAAAGACAGAAUUGUCAGUAAUGUCUUCAACACUGAUAGACAUCAUUGAUAGAUGAGUUGAGAUGUGACAAUCCAGUUAUAAAACUAUGUCCAAGUUAUGUUUAUUGUCUUUCCCAUGUCAAACCAGUUCAGUGUGCAGUAGAUACUGAUUGAGAGUCGGUUUUGAAUGGAGCCCGAAAUGCUGCAACAAUUGUAGGCUGUGUUUUAUGUAGUGAAGCAACUGAAUUUGGUCGAGUGUCUCUGAAACCUCAUGAAAAUAUGCAUAUGUGUCAUUUAAAAGGGUUGGUUUAUCUAAAAAUUUUAAAUGGAAGUUUACUCACCCUGGCGUUGAAAUUCACUGAUUUCCUUUUCCUCAAAAUGAGCUAAGCUAUUAAAAUAUGACAGAACGAUCCCGUGCCGUGUAUUAUAAGCUUUCAAGAGUGUAUUAUAAGCUUUCGAUAGUGAUUGGUAAAAAUAAGACCGAAUUAGGCCACCGUUUAACGGAAAUACUGAUUUUGACCGUUUCUCUUUAAGUGCGCGUUCACGAGAAAAGCGCGCGCCACUCCGCCUCAGAAAUAGCAAACAGUGCACCGCGAAGAUAGAUAAAUGUGAAUUAGAGUACGUCGUACAAAGCUUAAAAACCGACGAAAAUGAUCAUAAAAACAGACGAAAAACAUCUGGGUUUCGUCAAAGAUGAUUAUCUCCGGAAUGAAGAACUAGUAAAGUAAGGCAGCCAGAUGAAUGCGCUGUCUUGCGACGAAAACCACGGAUAUAUUAACUUAAGACGAAGUAAGAACAUGGUAUAAGAAACUGUUUUUUGUGUCAGCCUUUUACUCAUUUUGAUUUAUCAGUACUCGGGCUAGUUUGAGAGUGAAUUGCCGCGCAAAAGGUCUCAUGAACGCGCAGUCAUACUGACGGGCUCGGAAUAUUUUGUUAAAUAAUACUUAAAAUCUCGCUUUGUUUUUUAGCAAACCUUGUCGUAUACUUAAAUAACCCUUAAAAUAUGCGACAAGUGUCGCGUGGAAUCAUUCUGAUACAUUUGCGUCUUUUAAAAAGAUAUUUAUUAUGUGGACGAGCGAGUGACAGGAAUUUAAAAACAAUUCUCCUCGUGUGGUACUUGAGGAACUUCAAACUGCAAUUAAACAACACCAGGGUAAGCAAACGACGAUUUUUUUUAAAUUUCUUUUUGGUGAACUAGUCCUUGAAUAUUUGUACAUAUUAAAAUGAAGGAGUUAACAGUGUUGUGUUGGUGUCUGUUGUAAACCUAAGACAGUGCCAAACAUAAUAGAACUGGAAAUGGACAUUACAGAUAUAUCUGCAAGCAUCACAGUUGAAUGCUUCAAGUGGUUGCAGAAUGCAUAUAUAUUUUCUUAUGUAUAUGAUGUGUGCUGCUCCUAUGGUAUUGGUUUGUAUUGUGCUGGAAGGAUAGGCCUAUUUUUAUGGAGUACGUUUGAAAAUGUUUUGAGUGUUUUGACAGGUACAGGCAUCCUGUUUACACAUGUAAGGCAGUUUUGACUUUUCAUUUCAGCAUUUUGUAUAAUUUUUUUUUCGUCUUGGGGGAUUUGAUGUGUGAAGAAAGAAAACGUGUAUAAGAGUUUGGUCUUAAGUGCAUCACCACAAAAGAAUUUGCUGAGUGGUUUAUGAAUGUAUUGUUUCAGUGGUGUGUGAAAUAAAUUGCUUUUAAAAAGCUUCAAUGAA